GUUUGCAGAAUCAUCAACACACAGACAUGAGCUACCCUUAUUCCAACCACCACAGUGUAUCAUCUUCUAGUGGUAUCCCAUUUCAGUCAGACGAAACGAACUAUUUUUCCAGCAGUCGUGAGCCCGGAAAAGAAGUAUCUUCCAAUAUCCCAAUGUACAGUAGACAUCAACAAAGUGCAAUACCAUCUUUCAUGGAAAAAACAAUAAGCAUACGGGAUUAUCGACCAGAUGAAAAAGAGUUAAGAGUAGAGGACUAUUACCCGAGGAGAGAUGUGAAAAAGUUCCAAGAGGUCAGAGAAGGAAACGAUCUGGAUAUUCUUCAAAGCUUUGACGAUGAGAGCGAAUACUUGGAUAAGGAACACAGUUCAAGAAUCCGCGAUUUAGAAACUAAGAAGAGAAACUGCAUUGCUAAUUUCAAGUUGAAAAACAAAAAGGAAGUCGAAGAGUUAUUCGCGAAGCUGAUCAACAUUUUACGUAUCAUCGAGCGUGAAUUAGAUCAUAAUUUGGAAUGUGAAGCUUCGAUUCAUUUCUCCGACAGUAUAGAACAUCAAAUUGAGGAAUUCAAUAAGCAGUCCGAGUACUUAGAUCGAUUCAUGUUACGAUCUAACUAUCUCGAUCAAGACUUUUUUGAAAAUAUUUCGGAACAAAUCAUAAAAAUUGAAGGUAUUGUCAACGACACGAACCUCCGCGCAUUAUGCAUUCACUUUCAAAGAGCCUAUAACAAUAAGGACACCGAGAGAAUGGAACUUUACAAGAGAGAUCUGAAACCCUUACGUUUGGCCGUACGAGGAAUGGCUCAUGCGUCUGAGAAACUUGUUAAUUAGGACUAUAAUUCCUUGUUAUACAUGAAUCAUUUUUAAAUGUUUUAAAUUGCUUGCUAUUGUUUUUGCAUCACACUGUGAAUAUGUUGCAGUAGUUUAUAUUUUGACCUCAACUUCUGUUUGAUUUAACAUUUUAAGACAUUA